AUGGGGGUUUUAGUGGUAUCUGGGAAAACGGGGAAAAAAGUGUCAGGGAAAUCGAAGGCAUUUACCAAAGAAGAAGAGCUUUUUCUUCAAAAAAAAAUUUUGCAAAACUUGUCAACCAAAUUGUCAUCAUUAUCAGUGUUAUUUUAUGGCAGUGCCUUCAUCGUUUCGGCGAUCCCCAUCUGACUUUUCUAAAGAAUUCAUUUGAUCGACAUUUACACCAAUUAAAUUUUCUUCGUUUUAGUCACAUUAAUUAGUACAUACGCUUUUGUUCUCGCGUAUAAAAAUACCAAGUUUAUGUUGAAACAGAAGAUUGAAGUGAAAACGGAAGAUGUAGUGACAAUGGAUAUGAGCAGAAAGUUAACAGAAGACAAGAAGAUAAGCAUGCAGGAAAAAGAUGAAAGGUAGUUGUGGAAGAAAACCGAGGUGGCUAAUUAUAAGACAACAACAUUCUCAAUCUUUUGCAACAAUGCCUUAUUCUUAGCUCUUGUUUAAUUAUCUUCAUUCUACAUCUUGAAGACACUUACUCCAACUGUAAAUUACAUACUUUCUGUUAGCGCUACUACGGCCCUGAUUUCGAGCCUCGCGGCAGCGCCUGAAUCCCAGAAAUAG